ACCUUACCCAGGGAAAUUGUGCCCGAAAAUGGUGAAAUGUUAUCGAUUCCACUCUACCAUGGGGAAGCGGACAUAAAAGCCUUAGUCGAUGCAAUCUUUGGACGGCACCCAACAACACCACCUCCGAGCGAACCAACAACGCCAGAAAAGCCAAAAAAGAACUGCUUGUUCAUCGGGGAUCUUUAUAAUUACCGGAACGACACUGAAUCUUACAGACGUGAGGCUGAGCUUUUAAAUAACGUUGGAUACGACGUCUUCGCGGAAACACCGAGUUCGCAUAUUGCCUUAUGGGCAUAUGGUUAUACAGAUUUUCCGCAAAUCGUCAAUGCUUCGCUAAAGGAUAUGAGCGAAAAUUACGAGGAGUUUGCGGCGCUUAUAGCCAAACUGGACUACGUUAACGUCAGCAAUGCGAUGUCCACAAAAAGCGCUAUUCAAGCAAUCAAUGAAAUGUAUGACAUGGAGAAGCGAUUGGACUGCUUGGUCUUUCUUACUGCUCAGUAA